AUGGUCUCAUUCAAACUGCAGUCUACCAUCUCAUCAGAAUACGCAUACCUCAACGCACACAUUCUCAAGAACAUCACAGCGCAGAUUCCAUCAGUCUCAAUCUCACCCACUCUUUGGUCUCAUAUUCAAGAUUUAGAACUCGCCGACCCAGAAUUCGACAAGUCUGGCAAAAUUGACAUUCUCAUCGGAGAAGAUUUCUACGGUCAAAUUAUACGACCAGGUCUCAAAGCAGGAAGUUCAUCAGAACCGAUCGCUAUGCAAACCAUGCUCGGCUGGACAAUUCUCGGCCCAGUUCAUGAACAAUCUCAUCAUUCACCUAGACUGUCUCAUCAUAUCAUCUCAAAUGCUCAACUACACGACUCUCUCACCAAGUUCUGGGAACUUGAAGAAGUUCCAGAGUCCUGCAACGAAACUCUCACCGUCGAGGAAGCCAAGUGUGAAGCUCACUUCCUAUCAACUCAUUCUCGAGACGCACUAGGACGAUACAUCGUCCGUCUACCAUUCAAAUCAUCAUAUCAGAAGCUAGGUGAAUCUCGUCAUAUUGCGCAGCGCUGUCUCAACCGUCUUAUGAAGCGUCUGUCUCAAGACCCGGAACUUCAAGGUCAAUAUACUGCCAUUCUCAACGAGUAUGAAGUACUCGGACACAUGACUCGAGUCUCAUCAACAUCACCUGAACCAUCUCAUGUAUAUUAUUUACCUCAUCAUUGCGUUGUUCGCGAAGACAGCGAAACUUCCAAGUUGAGGGUCGUGUUCAAUGGUUCUAGUAAAACAUCAUCUGCCAGUUCUCUCAAUGAUCAUCUACAUAUCGGACCAAGCCUGCAAUCAAAGAUCUGUGAUGUACUUCUGUACCUCAGAAGUCACAGAUACAUCUUCUUGACUGACAUUGUUAAGAUGUUUCGCCAAAUUCUCAUCCACCCUGAUGACAGGGACUAUCAGCGCAUUCUUUGGACAGAGAACGGUCUCACUGUGGCUUAUCAACUCAACACCGUCACAUAUGGCACUCGACCAGCACCAUAUCUUGCUGGCCGAGCUCUCAAACAACUCCUCAUCGACGAAGGGUCUCAAUAUCCACUUGCGGAACCCUUUCAAAAGGGCAGCUACGUCGACGACAUCGGCGGCGGUGCCGACAAUCUCAGCGAUCUCAACGACAUUGCCAAUAGAGUCGAGGCACUUUGCAACUUAGGUUGCUUUCCACUAGCUAAAUGGAAAAGCAAUCAUCCUCAGUUCAGCAAAAUCUCAUCAUCACUCAGUCCAGAAGAUUCUCAUUCAUUCUCAGACCACAUCUCAAAAAUCUUGGGUCUCUCAUAG